AUGCCAUCUAUCGAAGUUAAAACGAAUGUGAAGGUAGCUGACAAACUAACCUUCCUUCAAGCUCUCACUGAUAAAGGUGCUGAAAUUCUUAAGAAGCCCAAAGAAUACAUGCAAAUCAUUCUUGAAGACGGGGUGCCCAUGACGUUUGCUGGAACGUCAGAUCCCACGUUUUGUGUUAACAUCUUUUCGAGAAAUAGUUUUUCUGAUUUAUCAAACAACACGACAAUGUCGAAAGAAUUUUCGUGCUUUAUCGAAGAAAAAUUGGAUAUCCCGCCUAACCGUGGUUAUUUCUUCUUUAAAGACCCUGGUGAACAUAGAUGUGGAUGGAACAACAAAACUUUUCCUUAA